CUAGUAUCUAAGCAUAAUAGAAGUCAAUUCAAAUGAAGACAGCCAACCUCCCCCCUACAUGGGAAGUCUUCUCAACUCUUGAUUUUAAUAGGCAGCAAACCAUCUACAAGACUAUGUGUGAAUAGAUUCAAUAGCAAAUGAAGCAAAUUACUGUUCUACAAGAAAAAGUUAAAUAAAAUGAAGUAUUUCAUUCUCGUAAACUAGUUACUUGCCUCGUAAAAGUUAGAAGACACUCAGCAUAGACUUUCUGAAGAAUAAUCAAAAUUGAAAUAAGAAAUUCAAAUUCUUUAAUCACUUUUAGAAAAGAAAGAAAAUGAAAUCAAAUUUCAAAAUGACCAAUUGGAUGAACAAACUAAUUAUAUCAAAUAAUUAGAAGUUGAUGUUUAAAAGAGAUAAGAAUCAUAGAAAUACGAUUAGUUGAUAGUUGAAUUAAAACAAUAAAUAAAGGAAUAACAAUUAGCUAUUUCUUCAUAUGAGAAGUCGAUUCAAGAACUAAAAUAUACCAUUGAAGAAUAAGAGCAACAAUUGGAAGACAUUCAAAAUAAAUACAAUUAAGAAUUAGAUGAAAAAGACUUAAAACUGGCAGAAUAUGAAGUAUAAUACUCUUUCAAAUUAGAAACAAUUAGAAUUGCAUUUGGAGGACAAUUAAAAAUUGCAAUAAGGAUAUCAAUCACUAAAUGAGAGAAUUAAUUCGAAUAAAGACUAUCAAUAGUUUUAGCAGCAAUAUAAUGAGUUAUUCAAUGAGUUUUCUAUCAUCAAACAACACUACUAGAACAAAUGCAAUAAAAUUAAAGAACAAGAACUGACUAUUGAAGAUUUAAUAGGCGAAAAUUCAAGACUUGUUAUUGAACUUUAUCACUACUAAAAAUAAUAAUGA